UAAAACUAAGAAUCUGCGUUUCGUCUUGCAUGUUUGAUCAUGGAGGGUAACGACGUCGUUGCGCCGUUUGUUGCCAAAACUUAUGAGAUGGUUAAUGAUCAGAUGACAGACGGUCUCAUCACUUGGGGCAAAGCUAAUAACAGUUUCUUGGUCAUCGACCCUUUAGAUUUCUCCAAGAAGAUCUUGCCCUUUUACUUCAAAAACAGCAAUUUUUCCAGCUUCGUUCGCCAGCUCAAUACCUAUGGUUUUCGGAAGGUGGAUCCAGAUACGUGGGAAUUUGCAAAUGAAUGGUUUCUUCGAGGCCAAAAGCAGCUGUUGAAGAAAGUUGUGAGGAGAAAGCACGGGAAAAAUCGAUACAUACAACUGAAAGCCGAGGAUUUUGAUGAAGAUGACGAUGUUUCAAGGGAAAUAUCGAGGCUGAAAGAGGAACAGAAGACUUUUGAACAAGAGCUGCAAGGGAUGAACAGGCGGUUAGAGACGACGGAGGGACAGCCGCAACAGAUGGUGGCGUUCCUUCACAAGGUCGCCCAAGAUCCUGAUCUCCUUUGCCGUAUGAGGGUCGAAAAGGAGAUGAACGGAUUACUCGCGGCGGAGAAAAAGCGGCGCUUGAAGAUGACGUCGCCGCCGUCGUAUUAUUCUCCGUCUGAUUCUCCUUAUUCAAGAGCGGCAGUUUCGAGCAAUUCGGGGAAAUCUGAAGAUGAAGGAUGGCAUCCUGAAUUAAUUUCGCCAUUAAAGUCGCCCGGGGAUCGCAGUACUGUCAUGAGCCAGUCGCCGCUCCUGGCACCGCUGUUGAUUGAAAACGGCAUGAUGAUGUCUUCGUCGGGGAUGAUUAGUAUACCAGGGUAUGGUGAUACGAAUGGGCCAUUGGGUUAUUUAGGAGAAAUGACGGCGGCAGGGGUGGAGGCGCGUGUGCCACCGCCUUAUCCAUUUUCUCUAUUAGGGGGUGGCUUUUAGUUGGUUGCUUCACGUGAAAUAUCUUGUAUUCUACCUUUCUUAUUGAUUUUUCAUUUUAGUUUUAGAUUUUCCGCAAUUUGUAUUUGUUUUCAUUUUUAUAUAUAAUUAAAAGUACUUAAUUAUAAGGUUAAAAA